CGGACACUGACGCUUUCUGGAGGUACCGCGAAUGGCCUGAAGGUCACAGUACUGACUUUCUCCUUCCUCCUUUUAGCCCUUCCUUGUUAGGAUGUAUCCAGCAGGUCCAGGAUCCGGUGACUUCCCAGAGGGCCUCCCUGAACAACCAAAGCUCCAGCCACAAACUGGAAAUGGUGCAGCUCAGACAAUGGGUACUGAAAAUGCUUUCUUCACAUGUCGGAAAAAUGCCCUUCUGGCGAAGAGCUCGUCCCCCCAGGUAGAGGGCGACUUUGCCAUGGCCCCUAGGGGCCCUGACCAGGAGGAGUGUGAGGGCCUGCUGCAGCGGUGGCGAGAAGAAGGGUCAAGCCAGGUGCUGUCAUCUGUGAGUGAGGAUCCUCUUGCAGAUAAGGCACUAGCCCAGAGCAGCCUGGCAUUCCUCAUGGAUAAUCCUGGAGAACAGGAUGCUGCUUCAGAGGACAAGUGGUCCAGCAGGCAGCUGAGUGACCUGCAGGCAGCAGAGACUCUGCAUGAGCCUUUCCCUCAGGUGUUAGGAGAGGCGCCAGUGUCAGAGGUUGAGGCCCCUUUGUGGGCAGCUGUGCCUGUGGAGACAGGCUCCCAGUAUGCAGACUGUGCUGUCCUCCCAAUGGGUGCCCUGGCUGCAGAGGAGUGGGAAGAGGACCCUGCGGUGGUGGCCUGGAGCAUAGAACCGGAGCCUGUGCCCCAGCAGGAGACCUCCAUCUGGUCUUUUGAAGGCCUGGGGCAGUUACAGCCUCCCCCGGUGGAAAUACCAUAUCAUGAAAUCUUGUGGCGAGAAUGGGAGGAUUUCUCUACCCAGCCAGAAGCUCAGGGCCUGGAGGCCGGCGAUGGCCCUCAGUUCCAGUUCACUCUGAUGUCUUAUAAUAUCCUGGCCCAGGACCUGAUGCAGCAGAGCUCAGAGCUCUAUGUGCAUUGCCACCCAGACAUCCUCAAUUGGAGCUAUCGCUUUGCAAACCUCAUGCAAGAAUUCCAGCACUGGGACCCUGAUAUCCUGUGUCUCCAGGAAGUUCAGGAAGACCAUUACUGGGAGCAGCUGGAACCCGCUCUUCGAAUGAUGGGCUUUACCUGUUUCUACAAGAGGAGGACUGGGUGUAAAAUGGAUGGCUGUGCUGUCUGCUACAAGCCUACCAGAUUCCGUCUGCUCUGUGCCAGCCCUGUGGAAUAUUUCCGGCCUGGCUUAGAGCUCCUCAAUCGGGACAAUGUGGGCUUAGUGUUGUUGCUGCAGCCACUAGUUCCAGAAGGCCUGGGACAAGUCUCGGUGGCCCCCUUGUGCGUGGCAAAUACCCAUGUCCUGUACAACCCACGGCGGGGUGAUGUCAAGCUGGCGCAGAUGGCUAUUCUCCUGGCUGAAGUGGACAAAGUGGCCAGGUUGUCAGAUGGCAGCCACUGUCCUAUCAUCUUGUGUGGGGACCUGAAUUCUGUCCCUAAUUCACCUCUCUACAACUUCAUCAGAGACGGAGAGCUCCAGUAUGAUGGCAUGCCAGCCUGGAAGGUAUCUGGCCAGGAAGACUUCUCCUAUCAGCUUUACCAGCGGAAGUUGCAGGCCCCUCUGUGGCCCAGCUCCCUGGGUAUCAAUGAUUGUUGUCAGUAUGUCACCUCCUGUCACCUUAAGAGAUCAGAGAGACGUAAGUAUGGCCGAGAUUUCCUGCUACGUUUCCGCUUCUGCAGUAUUGCUUGUCAGCGACCAGUAGGAUUGGUUCUUAUGGAAGGAGUGACAGACAAUAAACCAGAACGACCUGCUGAUUGGUCUGAGUCUGUCCUUGAGGAAGACACAUCUGAGCCUGAGCCUGUCUUCCCCAGGACUAUAGGUGCCAUCCAGCACUGCCUCAACCUGACAUCAGUAUAUACCCAUUUCCUGCCCCAGCAUGGCCGCCCAGAGGUCACCACGAUGCCCUUAGGUCUUGGAAUGACAGUGGAUUACAUCUUUUUCUCAGCUGAGUCCUAUGAGAAUGGGAACAGAACUGAUGCCAGUCUGGUUCAAGAUGGAACUCUCAAGCUGCUGGGCCGCCUCUCCCUCCUCUCUGAAGAGAUUCUCUGGGCUGCCAAUGGCUUACCCAACCCCUUCUGCUCUUCAGACCAUCUCUGCUUACUAGCCAGCUUCAGCAUGGAAGUCACCGCCCUGUGACAACCCAGGGGAGAGAGCUCCUCUACUGGAAGAGCUCACUGGAUCAGUGACUGUGGAAAUGCCCUGUGCUGUGGAAACUCACGUCCCUCCCCUUAUUCCCUCCGGCCUGUCCACAUUCUGGCUUCUGGUCCCUGUCCUGCCCCAGCCUCUUCCUGAUCCAGUGCCAUAUACUCAGUGGCCCUGGGAGAGGCAGAAGGAGGUUCCCUCUUCCCUUCAUGUACCCAGUGCUCCCCCUUAACUUUUAAUUACCGGGGUUUGGGAGCUUUUGAUCUUACUGGUUGUUUGCUUUCAGGCUGCUUCUUGGGGGUAGCUUCUGACCCAACCUUUCCCCGCCUUCAUGACCACUGGGCCCAGCUCUCUUGCCAGGCAUGCACACAAGAUGUCCAUCCUCUUGGUCUGGGGCUGCCCACCACUUUCCACACUGGGGCCAUGGGCCUAGGACAGGUGAGGAGCAUAACCCUGGGGUCCUAUGUUUCCAAGCGGCGACAGGAUAGGGGCUCUUCUUUUCCUUUAUCCUUGUGUUCCAUUAGUCAUUCAUCCUGCCAGUGGGGGCACACUUAUCUGGGCUCUGGGAAUGAAUGAGCCCAACUGCCUGGAGAUCAGACUGGGGGGCGCACUACCUGCCUGGUGGGCUCUUGCCUCUACCCCAGAGCUCCCCACAGUCCUGACAUGCUUUUUCUAGGGCUCGCCCCUUUCCCCAGGCUCCCCUGAGGGAGUCACAAGUCUGAAGCCUUGUGUCAGAUUCAGUGGACUGGGUCAGUGGUGUGAAGUUUAAAACUUUAAGGGUGAGGAGAAAGAACCUCAGGAAACUUCUCGUUGCACUUUGUGGCACUGGCUAAGGUGGAGUCCUGUUAGGAAAGAGCAGAUGGGCCCUGCAGCUGCCUCAGCUAGGACUCAGAUACGAAGGGGCUUGCUGUCUUUCUUCUGCACACCUUAGAAGCAGUUUUCUGUUCUUUCCUCCAACCACUUUUACUUUAUGCCACCUCCUGCCUCCCCCAGACCUUUCCAUUUCUCUACAGAAAAUCUUGCCAUUUAGCUCAUGCCACACUAUCUCAGCAAAAUGGUGGCUUCGGGCAAAACUAGUACAAGAACUGGGGGUGGCAGUGCUUGAAGACUUGCUCUGUGCAGCAGUGCCUUGGUACUUGUUGCCUGUUUUCCCUCUGACAUGGUACCCUGGCCCACUCAGGGACUCCCUCACCCAUACCAUGACACCUGCAUGCCUUACUCCGAUUGCUGCGCCUGGGCCAGCGCCUCCCUCAUCUCCCUGACUCAGAGUAGCUGCUGGCCCUUGUGAGUUUGCCUUGCUGUUCCUCUACUCAGCCCUGAGAUGAGACUGAAGGGGACGCCCAGGAGGCUGAAGUUAGGGACAGUGGGCUAGAGGUUAAUGUUCUUUCUUUUUUUUGAAAGCCAAAGACCCAACUUGAAUUGUGCAUCCCUGGUUGUAAGCUUUUCAUGCCUAGGUUUUGGGGGAUUUCUUUUUUCUAUGUGUGUCUAUUUUUUUAGCUUUGUUUCCUGGGUCCUGGCAUGUGCCUGUCUGAGCCCCAGGCCUGUCAGACCAUACCCUGCUGUUCACUCUCUGUCCCUGGACAGCUCCAGAGAUGGCCUCAAGACAGUGCUGUGUUGGUCCCUAGGACAAGGGCACACCACUGGUGUCUUCCGCCACGAAUGCAGGGUGAAAAACAGCCAAAGAUGGCAGGGACCAGAGCUUGAUUUUUCCUUGUUUUAUUUGUUUCUGUUUUAGAAAUGAAAUAGGGGUUUUAAAUGGUCAUUUAAGCUGCACUCUGCAGUCUGCAGACUGGGGCAACUUUUUCCAAAUAAAGGUUUACCAUUUCUCCUCAUUGUUGGUCUUUUCAUUAGGACCUCAAAAGGGGGUUGGGGUCAUGAGAGAGGCCUGGAGGAUGAGGUGGGCAGAAAGGUAGAACUGAGGAGCUUUGGACUUUGGGGUGGGGUUUCAAUAUCUUAAGUCUACUGUAAUCUGCCUGUGUUAAUCUCCCACUGCUCUGAGGCCUGGGACAAACAGGACCUGAGUGAAGCCUCCUACCCUGACUUUUCUGGGUACCACUCCCUUCUCUGACCCCACCACGUGAGAGGAGAAUGGUUCUAACCUGGUUGCUUUUGUUCUUAUUCCAUGUGCUGCCCCUGUGCCUCCCUGCGGCCCAUACCACAACUUAGGAGGUCUAUUUGGAAAGUGGGGUAAGAUGUGUAUUUCCCUGGUCAAAGCUAUGGCAGCUGCCCGAGGCAAGAUGCAUGUGGCAGAUGCCUCUUGUCGAGUGUCUAUUUCGGAUCAUCUCUUGCAUUCUAGUGCCAGGGCUGAGCUAUGGGCCAUCUGUCUAUAUGGGCUGGAACAUUUCUCUUUCUUGCCGGGCCCACCUCUGCUGGUACUUUUGUUCUUCUCCAGCCUCCCUGUGCAAUAAACUCAGGCAAAGUCAUAUGAAA